AUGACGAAAAUCGCGGAGAUUAGGUCAUUAUUUGAGGCGAAGAUCAAGGAUGGGAUCCCGGAUCCGCCUGGAGAAUUCGACCCUCGCGAUCUAAGUAGAUUGAAUAGUGAUAAAUAUUUGUACAGAGUUUUAGAACACUCAAGAAAUAAUGUCCAGCAGGCAGUCGAAAUGCUUUACGAGAUCAUGGUCUGGAGAAAGAUGAUGAAUGCCAACGAAAUCAACGAAAAUACGGUCAAUUUGGAUUACCUGAAAGAAGGUAUCUUCUUUCCGCAAGGUAGGGACAUAGAUAGUUGUUUAGUAUUCAUUAUGAAGUCGAAACUUUAUCAUAAGGGGCAAAUAAACGUGGAUGAAGUUAAAAGAAUUAUUAUUUACUGGUUGGAGAGGAUUGAAAGAGAGGAAGAUGGGAAGAAGAUUACUCUCUUCUUUGAUAUGGAUGGCUGUGGUUUAAACAAUAUGGAUAUAGAGAUUAUCAUGUACAUGGUGACUUUAUUGAAGAAUUAUUAUCCAAAUUUUAUUAAUUAUAUAAUAAUUUUCCAACUGCCAUGGAUGUUAUCGGCUGGGUUUAAAAUUGUUAAAGGCCUACUACCCGCUGAAGCUAUUGAACGACUUAGAACUGUGAAUAAAGAUAAGCUGAAGGACUUAAUAGCUCCGGAACAGGCUUUAACUAGUUGGGGCGGCAAGAAUGAGUAUGUUUUCAAUUUCUUUCCGGAGAAUAGAAUCAGUGUUGAUAACACACCCAAAACCUCGAUACCUGAUAGUCAACAUUCAUUAGGUGAAAUGUUAAGCUUGAAUCCGGGUAAGCUAUUAAUAUUUAAGGUCGAAAACGACAGAAUCUGUGCUCAAUUAACGAUAACAAACAUGGAUGAUAGCGUUAUAUCGUUUAAAAUAAGAACAACGGCUCCUGAGAAGUAUGUUGUUAAACCGAGCUCCGGUAUUUUAACGAGCAAAGCAUUACAGACUAUCCAAAUACAAGUAAACUCCGGGUUUCAAAUCAACUCGGUGGAAAAGGACAGGUUUUUGGUAGUGUCAAUGCAGAUACCGAGUGCGGAUAUAUCGGCCAAAGAGAUCAGCGAUAUGUGGAAAACUGUUGGCUCUAAGGCUGACGAGUACAGGCUAAAGUGUUCGACAAUAAAUACGUUGAAGUCGGAACCAGUACAAGAAAAAUCGAGCCACGAGCACGACUCGAUAAUGUACAAAUUGAAUAAUCUACAGAAUAAUCACAAAAUGCUGGUGAAAAACGUCAAAACUAUGAGGAUGUACCAGUAUGCGACCUUAUUCCUUACAUUUGUCAGCCUAACCCUUGGUUAUGUAACUUUAAAUAAGGAUUGCCAUCUAUAA